CGGCCUUGUCUCCCCCCGCAGCUGUCGGCGGCGCUGCUCUUCGACGCCGUGCACGUGGUGGUGGGCGCCGUGCGGGAGCUGAACCGCAGCCAGGAGAUCGGCGGGCGGCCGCUGGCCUGCGCCGCGCCCGGCAUCUGGCCCCACGGCACCAGCCUGAUGAACUACCUGCGCAUGGUGGAGUACGACGGGCUGACGGGGCGCGUGGAGUUCAACAGCAAAGGGCAGAGAACCAACUACAGCCUGCGCGUGCUGGAGAAGGGCCGGGACGGACACCGCGAGGUGGGGGUGUGGUUCUCCAACCGGACGCUGGCCAUGGACGAGGCCACGCUGGCCCUCAACGCCUCGGACAGCCUGGCCAACAAGACCCUCAUCAUCACCACCAUACUGGAGAACCCGUACGUGAUGCGGGUGGGCGGCGCGGGCGGCCCCGAGCGCUACGAGGGGUUUUGCGUGGACAUGCUGCGGGAGCUGGCGGCGCUGCUCAAGUUCCGCUUCCACAUCAAGCUGGUGGAGGACGGGCUCUACGGGGCCCCCGAGCCCAACGGCUCCUGGACCGGCAUGGUGGGCGAGCUCAUCAACCGGAAAGCCGACCUGGCCGUGGCCGCGUUCACCAUCACGGCCGAGCGGGAGAAGGUGAUCGACUUCUCCAAGCCCUUCAUGACGCUGGGGAUCAGCAUCCUGUACCGCGUGCACAUG